UCACCCUCCGCCAUGGACGACUCUCUGGUCGCUCGCCUGAAAGCGCAGUCCGCCGCCAUCGCCGAUAUCCAGCGUGUCGCUGGCACGCCAGGCCUUUCGCUGGGUGUCUUCCACCAUGGGCGCAUCCUUCAUACCGCGCAUUUUGGCCGCCGCGACGUUGGCAGCCUCGAGCCCGUCAACGAUGACUCGGUCUAUUUUGUCGCAUCCGCCUUCAAAAUCGUAACCGUCUCUGCCAUCGCCAGGCUUGUCACAGAUGGUCUCUUGGGCUGGGACGUUCCCGUCCGCGACUAUCUUCCUGCCUUCCAACAGCGCCACGACGAAGUCGGCCUCAAGGCAACCAUACGAGAUCUGAUCGCCAACCGCACGGGCUGGCCCAUGGCGAGCUGCUAUUGGGGCCAGCAAAAUGGCGAGCAGCUGCUGGACAAGAGCGAGUUCGUGUCGAUUGCAAACUCCCUGGAAGCCGUGAAGCCAUUCCGUUCAACCUUCAUCUACUCGCAGUGGAACUACUGUCUUAUUCACAUCAUCGUCGAGAGUGUCACUGGAAAGUCCUUUGGACACUUCGUUCGCGAGGCUAUAUUCGAACCGCUGCACCUCACGAGCUCAACCUUUGACAUUCCGACCACCACGAAUCUCGCGAAACCGCACGCUACGCGGAAUGACGGAAGCGCCUGCAGCAUCACAACCAACAACUUCGACUCUUCUACUGGAUUGGCUGCUGGUGGGGGUGGGAAAUCAACCAUCAAAGAAAUGCUCACAAUCUACAUGGCCUUGCUCGCUGCCUACCGGCAUCAAGUUGACAACAACGUCGACACAACCCCCAACUCGCCCUUCACUCAACUCCGUACCAUCUUCACUCCGCAUAUCCACGUCACUAGAUCUCAGCUCGAUAAGCAAGCUUACUGCCUCGGUCUGUACCGCACCCAACUCCCUGGGAACCUCAGCUGCGCAAGCAUCAACUCCCUCAUGCUACGCAACAAAAUUCCAAUAUUCGGCGACGCUUCAGGGACGGACAUCUUCCACCACAGUUCGACUACCCCAGGAUAUUUUGGUGCCAUGUACAUGGUACCCAGCACGCAGAGCGGCGUAGUUGUCCUCACCAACGCAACGCCACUAAUGGACGCUGCCGAUUUCAGCGCCCAACUCCUUCUCUCUGUCCUCUUGGGAGUCAAAGCACCUGCACACCUCCUCAGUCUUGCCAAAACGGCAGCCAAGACUCAGAUAGGCUGGUACGACCAACUAUCCUCGUUUCUCGCAAGCGGCAAGACUGACACGCCCCCCACACACCCCCUAUCUGCAUAUUCCGGCACCUAUAUUAACGCUGCGCACAACUUCAGAAUUCUCGUCACGCCACGGGCUGAUGGCUUGCACGUCUCAAUGCAAGGGAAGCCUCUGACGACAUAUGUACUCAAGCCGUGGGAUGGUGAUUCGUUCUCCUGGGAAGUCGAUAGGGAGCGAGAGCUAAUCGAUCGGGGAAUGUUCCUUACGCCGUUUCCUCAGAUACAUUUGAUGCACUUUGGGGUCACGGAGAAGGCUGUACAGAGCUUGACGUGGCAGCACGACCCGCUUGCGGAGCCAGAGCUUUUUCAAAGGGAUGACGGCGAGGCGCUAGCGAGGCUGUAGUUGCAAUGGUGAGACAUACAAAUGGGAGAAAACACGGUAGUCGAGAAUGACCCCAAGGAAUUUGUACCGCCUGCCGGCUAUGGUGCGAGCUGCGCCCUUUUACUUUCGGAGUCCGACACUUCCAAAGUCAAAGGCGCAAUGUUGUACCGUAAGCAUGCCGUCGUUCCACAAAAGGUAUUGGGGUGAGACCUAAUUCUGGUGUCAAGCUACACCCAACGGCUCCUGAAACGGGGCACUGCUUGGUUGGUAGCUAGGGUGGAGACGUUGUCUCCCGAUAUAUAUUGCGUUACAUGCUCU